CCAACCAGCGGCUCAGCCUGGCUUGCGCGAGUGCGCGCGCGCACAUUUGUGCGCAGGUUCGAAUCUCCGCCGCCUCGCGGUUGCUCCCCAACGUCCGGCAGCACCUCGGCGGCGGCGGCGGCGGCGGCGGAGGCGGCGAGGGCUGCGCGCGCGAGCUGGGCCGGAUCGGCUGCCCCGCCCCCUCCGCCCUCUGCACUUUCCAGCGGCGGCCUCGCCUGGACUCGGUCCUCGGCUUCCCUCCCGCGCUGUGCGCUCCGCCCUCGCCUUCCGCCCCCACAGGUAUCCGCACUCGGCCUCCCGCGCCGGGCGGGCUCCGCCCGAGACUUCGGGGCCCAUGGCCAAGCGCCGUGCGGCCGAGCCGCUGACGUUCCACGUGCCUUGGAAGCGGCUCCUGCUCUGCGACUUUACUGAAGAGCCGCCGCCGCCGCCGCUCUGGAUACCGCCGCCGGGGGCCUCAUAUCCCGGGCGGCCCCUCGGCUUCCCCGAGCUGCCCCGAAAGCGUAAAAUCGACGCGGGGGCUAUGGCUGAGCCUUCGGUUUCGCCCAGCAAGCGCCGCGACGACGGGGAUACCGGCUCCCAGGGCGGCGCGGAGCGUGAGGGCCGCGGCCUGCGGACCGGGGAGUCGCAGCUGCUGCAGCCGCCCUUGCGGCCCCGCGGGCCGGGGGUGGAGCCCCGGGGUGUCCGGCCCCCGAGAGGCGGUGGCGACGAUGGGGCGGGGCGCGCAGAGCCCCAGCGGGGAGACUGGGGGGCCGCAACGCGCCAGCUCAGUGAAGAAUUUUGGCAGUAUAACACCUUCCAGUACUGGAGGAACCCUUUACCACCUAUUGAUCUGGCAGACAUUGAAGAUGUAAGCGAAGACAACCUGAUAGAAACAGCACUGCAGGGCAAGAAUGAAGUGGCUGAGAUUGAUAUGGAGUCUUGACAGAAGGAGCUAAAGAAGUGGGUUUUUCUCAACUUGUGGAGACAUCUCUUAAGUGAAUUUAUGUAUUCUUAAGGAAAAAAGUUAUUUUCCAUACUUGAUGUGAUAUCAUUCCCAAACCUGAAAAUAAGGAAAAGUUGUUUCAAAGAUAAAUGCCUGCAGUCACUACUGUACCUCCCAAUGGGGAUUUGUCAAGGAUAUAGUGCAGUUGUAGGGGAAGUACUAAUGUGUGCAUUCUUAAGAAAAAUGUAUGUAUAGGUUCUAAAUUUGAAGAUAUCAGUCUUACAAAAGUAAUUUUGACAGUUACAGAAAUAGAUGGGAAACAUUCAGAUAUUCCUCUUGUUGCACCAAAAAGUUAAUUUGUGUACAUGAAAUGAAUAUUGUUUUAUAAUAACUUAUUAAUAAAAUACUUUCUAAUACA